AUGGUACUCAAAGCAUUCGACAAGCACAGUAAAUCAGCUAAAAAGGCAGCCGAAGAAGUGAAAAGGAAACGAGCGGAAGAGCAACGGCGACUGGAAGAGCGACGAGCCGCUCAAAAAGCUAAAGAAGAAGCUGAAUUCAAUGAGCCGAAAAUACGCGAACUUACGGAUGAAGAAGCUGCGGAACUGGAAAAGAAGCAGAAUGUUGUAGAAAAGGAGUCAGUUGCAGCCGCCGCACAUAAUGAAGGUUCACUCUUAGUUGAAAUGAUGGAAUAG